CAGUCAUCUCGGUCGGUUUGAUUAGACGGUGUAUUGCACUCAUUGGAGCCCCUGGGCCAACCAACAACAGCAUCAUUCUCCGCGGUCUAUUGUUGUUCAGUGUUUUCCCGCAAGUCGCAACCGCUCUGUGUGAGAUCGAAGGAUCUCGUGCGUGAUUAAGUCCUAGGCGAAACUCCGUUCACCCCUCGAAUAUCGAAGAACGCGAUCGGUGAGAAUGAGUGCAACAUAAAUUGUGGUGCGUUUGGCGAUUAGUUUAGGACUGGUAGUGAAUCUCUCGGAGCCUAAGGGCAAGUUCAACCUGGAAGUAGUUCAGUGCGGACCGAAAGUUAUGAGAAAAGCUCCAAGUCAGCCUCUGUAUAUGGUCCACUCGUACAAAAAGCGCAGAAUCAAGUCGAACAGUGAUAACAGUAACGGGAACAGUAGCAACCGUCGGGAUAAAAGUUAUCUGGUGCGUCGUAUAGAAAGUAUUAGGAGUCAAAUUUGAAAUUUGGCGUGGUAUUGUUGUAGUGUAAGUAGGCAUCUUAGAGAGUAGCGAAAUCUGGAGGUAUCCUAACCGCAAACAGGAACCAACAGCAAUAGGUGGCUCUGCGGCAGCAUCAGUAGCAAUAAACGACGACAAUUUCGGGUUUGGUGGCAGCGUUGGCGGGGAACACUCGAACUCAGACACAAUGGUGGCGGGAGCGGUGGGAAAUUUUCAUUCCGGGAUGCGGAACGACCCGUUGGUGCGGGAGAUGCGCCGGGUACGGGAGUUGAACGCGAAGCGCUACAAGCAGGACUAUUCGCAUGUGUUUCGGAACAAAACCCGUUGGGAUCUACUACGAAUCUCGUUCGUCAUCAUGGGGAUAGAGUUUGUGUACUCAGCCGAGACGGCCUUCGUCUCACCGAUUCUGCUGGGAAUCGGAGUGGAGCACAAACUGAUGACGCUUGUCUGGGCAAUCUCGCCGUUGAUUGGGUUCUUUCUUGCACCCAUUCUGGGCACCAUUAGCGACGGCUGCCAGUCGAAAUUUGGUCGACGAAGACCGGUUUUGCUGGGACUGUCCGCCAGUAUGGUCAUGGGCUGCAUUCUCGUUCCGUACGGUGAGAACGUAGGAACAUGGUUCGGCGAUUUAGGUGAAGUCAUACCGGAAGUGGUCAACAAUACGAAUGACGUUUUGAACUUCGAUUUGGGGGCCUUUUCCCCCAAUGAAUUCUACCAAGUCGACUCGACUGUUGUCGAACACGAAAUGCACUACAAGUGGGCUAUUUUUUUCACUAUACUGGGAACACUGCUGUUGGAUUUCAGUGCUGAUACAAGUCAGACACCGGCCAGAGCCUAUCUGCUGGAUAUUUGCUUACCAGAGGAUCACGGUCGCGCCUGCAGCACAUUCUCCAUCAUGGCAGGUGUGGGCGGCAGUUUGGGCUAUGCACUUGGUGGCGUCAACUGGGACAACACGGCGUUCGGUGAACUGCUUGGCGGCAGCAUCAAAACUGUUUUCACAUUGGUCUCCAUCAUUUUUGUGAUAUGCCUCGUGGUAACGAUAACCAGUUUCCGUGAGAUUCCGCUCCCACUGCUAGAAAAAGAUGAGCUGCUCCGGCCGCUGACCGAGUCCGCUAUCAAGAAGGAACGGACCAAGAUGAAUGAUAAAAUUUUCUUCAUAAAGGACGUUAGCAAAACGUUUGCUUUGCAGCUGCAAACGAUCACCUCAACGGAGCAGCAACCUGCUCCGCAAAUGAUCAACAACGCACUGACGGAAAUCGAGAAGGGCCCAGCUCACAUGGAAGCGGAGGACUCCGAUUCGGAGGAAGAGGAAGACAGUCCAAUGACCCUGAAGGACUUCCUGAAGAGCAUUUUCAUGAUGCCGAAAUCGAUUGCGGUUCUCUGCCUAACCAAUCUACUCUGCUGGAUGGGCCACUUGAGCUUCUGUUUGUACUUCACCGAUUUCGUGGGUGAGGAAGUGUUCAAGGGUGAUCCGGCGGCGCACUCGAGUUCACUGGAGUACGAUCUGUACUUACAGGGGGUCCGAUGGGGUUGCUUUGGGUUGGCAAUUUACUCGCUAGCCUGUUCGUUCUAUUCGUUCACAAUUGAGAAAUUAAUCAAGGUUCUUAGAGCCCGUAUCGUCUACUGCGGUGGACUGCUUAUAGAUGCCACGGGAAUGAUCAUAAUGGCCAUUUUCCCAAACAAGAUAACCGUGUUCGUGUUCAGCGCAACGGGUGGCAUUGUCUACGCACUGAUGUUUACGAUGCCGUUCCUUCUUUUGGGCCAAUAUCACGCCAAGGGGCAGUUCAAGUCCAACAAGGCGUCUGACGGUGAGGCACCCCCCGAGCGUAAACGAGGCCUCGCCACCGAUAUUGCCGUUGUCGGAGGAAUGAUCUUCGUUGCGCAGAUUAUUAUUUCACUAGGCCUCGGUUCAGUCAUUACGGCGGUGGGUUCAACGACAGCGGUUAUAUAUUGCGCUGGUUUGUGCAGUUUUCUAGCUGCCAUCAUGUCAACGCAACUUGUCUAUAUGGAUCUGUAGUGUUUUCGGAAGGAGAUGUUAGAUAAGUGUUGCUCAAUAAUAUUGAAUAACGAAUUCCAAUAUUAAUCAUAUUGAUCAUAGAUUUUUUUAGUUGUAAUGAUGUAUUUAUGACGACAUACAUAGUCUGAGAUAUGCAACUUAAUCUUCAAAUAAAAAUAGUUUUGUAUACAGAUA